UGUGGAUAGAUGAUGCAAAUUAUCAGACAUAGUUUUAGAGGUCAGGUGGAUUAAAUUAGCUCUGUCUAAGGUAUUUUUUAUUUGAAUAGGUAGUAAACUAGAUCUGCAUGAAAUUGAAAACAAUGGCUGUGUUCAACAGAGAAAUGCUUUGCAAAAUUCAUGGAUUUGAUUGGUGUAUACUCUUGCAAUUAGCUUCGGCCAAAAUUAAAAGCAUAUAUCAAUCAGAUUUCUCUAUUGAACCAAUUUUAAAUUCAGUCUUGAAUCUUUUGGCUAUUGGCAUUAGUACUAUCGCAGGAUAAAACUAUUAUAAUAAUGUGUGAUAACAAUGAGGUAGUAGGUGUAUGCAAAAAUUUUAGUCUUUUUCUUCAGCGCUCUAUUAUCAUUAUUUAAAUCUCAAAUAAAUUCUUGCCUUUCUGCGUUUUUAAAUUGGUCAUGAAUUAAGUUUGUAAAUCAUCAUCAUAUGUCAUGAUUUAAUGAUAAACACAAUCUGGUAAAACAAUAGUGAACACGAUGAGCGACGAAAACCGCAUGUUGCUCUUUGUAUUCAGCAAAUCAUCUUUGAUUUGGGCUGGGAAAUUUACCCGAGUUGACGCCUUCGGAUUAUCAUCUAUUCCGAUCGAUGCAGCAUUCUUUAGCCGGACAGCGCUUUCAAAAUGUGAAUGAAAUACGAAAAUAGAUCCACGAUUUUAUUGCCUCCAAACCGAUGUUUUUUGUAAAGAAAUCCAUAAUUUGCUCGAAAGAUGACAGAAAGUUACAGAAAACGAAGGAAAAUAUUUUGAUAACUGAAUUGUAUUACAUAUAUUAUGCACCUAAAGCGAAAAAAAGACUAAAACUUUUGCAUACACCUAAUACAUUAUUUACUUACUGUGUGCACACGAGUUUUGUUCGAAAAAUAGUGUUUCCCAUUUUAGAAUAAAAAAACUGGUUACCCAACCAUAAAUUAUAUGUAGGAUUAUAAGAGUGAGAUAUUGUAUUUAUAUCAGCUGUGAAUUUCCCAAUUUUUUUUGCAAUUGUUUUACGUGUGAUUCAUACCAAAUGUUAUCAGAUUAAUUAGUUCUACUGCUUAGCGGUAUCGGGUACCACGUUAUCAGAUAUUAAUUCUUAAAUAUAGGUGCAAUAUGUUAGGCAUAAUAUUGCUGCGAGACUCAAUGAAGUAAAUCUUGCAGUAGCUAUACCGUUAUGUACGUAUUAUACAUUCCAAUGGAUGAUAUUAGUUGAAAAGAAUAUAAAAUAUAGUUUGCGGUUCCUAUUCUGUUUACGUAGUCAUAUGAAACCAAAGCCAUGAUAUAGUUACAUGACAUUUUUAAUACAUAUGUAUGAAUGUAUUAGUUUUUUAUCAAUCUCCAUUACAGUUUUCUACCUCGCAAACUUAUAUUCUUUCAUUCAAAACUUUUAAUUAGCUUCUUAAAACUAAAAUGUGUAUAAAGGCUAAGAGUCGAAAUCGAAUUUGAGACCUAUACAUGAUUGAAACUAGAAUUUUUUGUAUAGAUAUCUACAUACAGAUAUCCGAUUAAGAAGUGUUUGCUCUCAUUUGUGCGUUGAUUUUCGAUCUUUAGUAUAUUCGCUGCUGAUUUAUUUUAUAGUGAAAUGCAAUAUUUGUCUACAGGCAACACAAAAGUCUAAGAAAUAUAAAUACGUAAAAAUAUUUUUUUAGACAUUUUAGAUUUUUGUUCAAGAAGACGAAUAAACAGAUUCCACGCACGAAGAACCGCGUCCGACCCUAAUUGCCUCUUUUCUCUCUUAUUUUUAAUUCUCGAGGGUCAUUCUAUGAUUUUAUUAGAUUUUUGUGUUGUUUGGAUGACUACGAAAUAUUUCUUACGUCGCACACGAUUUGUAGUACUUUAAUGGAUCUGUACAUAGUUAGCACACGAUGUAAGAAGUAUAAAACUCAAAUCUCGUUAAAUCUCUCGAAUGUUUCUAGGUAGCACAGCGAAACGUGUUUAUCGCAAAUAUUUGGCACACCGAGAGUGUCGAGUCGAAAUAGUAUUCUGGGCAGUACCUGCCGCUUUAUAGCCGCCCGCAUUCGUGAGCCGUAAUAUUUGACUCGCAUGUAUGUACUUGCAUGUAUAACAGCGGAUCGCUACCGCCGCUAUCGGGGCUAGAAUCGGAGCCGUGUACUUCGUCGAUCAGCUGUCACGAAUGUUUACAUUCGUCGGCCGAGUGCCGGCUUGUGGUGGGGUCCGUGGGGUCGCGGCCACCGUCCAGUUUCUUUCGGCCCGUCGCGUCGCGCGGUUCACGUAAUCCACGAGUGCUUUAUUGUGCCUUAUCGUCGCGCUGUCGCGCGGUAUCGAGCAAAUGCCAACGCGUAUCUUCCCUUGCUUUUCGGAAUCGGGAUAAGGAUUAAAUUGCUUUGAAAAUGGGGGCGAUGUUCAGGAGCGAGGAGAUGGCCCUUUGCCAGCUGUUCAUUCAGCCGGAGACGGCUUACCUUUCUGUUUCCGAACUUGGAGAAACCGGUACGGUGCAAUUUCGUGAUCUGAACGGCGACUUGAAUUAUUUUCAACGGAAAUUCGUCAACGAGGUCCGACGAUGCGACGAACUGGAGCGCAAGCUUCGGUACAUCGAGGCGGAGGUCAAGAAAGACGGUGUACCAAUCCCGGAUAAUCUUACGGAACUACCGCGCGCGCCCAACCCACGUGCAAUUAUCGAUCUUGAGGCGCAUCUCGAGAAAACAGAGAACGACAUACAAGAGCUGAGCCAGAACGCGGUGAACCUGAAGAGCAACUAUCUCGAGCUGACGGAAUUACAACAUGUGCUCGAGAAGACGCAAGCGUUCUUCACGGAGGAAGAAGCCAACGAUUCGAUCACCAAGGCGCUCAUCAACGAGGAAGCACUGAAUCCCGUCGUCUCGAUUCGCGGACGUCUGGAAUUUGUCGGUGGGGUAAUAAAUCGCGAACGCGUUCCAGCCUUUGAGAGAAUGCUUUGGCGUAUAUCACGCGGAAACGUUUUUCUUCGGCAAACUGAACUUGAUAAGCCGCUGGAGGAUCCAGCUACGGGCAACGAAAUCUAUAAAACGGCUUUUGUGGCAUUUUUUCAAGGAGAACAAUUGAAGACUCGUAUUAAAAAAGUCUGCACUGGCUUCCAUGCCUCGCUUUAUCCGUGCCCAACCAGCCAUGCAGAACGUCAGGAAAUGCUGAAAGGUGUGCGUACACGGCUAGAGGACCUUAAAUUGGUACUAAAUCAAACGCAAGAUCAUCGCCAGCGUGUUCUGCAUAACGUAGCGAAGGAAUUACCAAACUGGAGUAUCAUGGUGCGAAAGAUGAAAGCUAUUUAUCACACAAUGAAUCUGUUCAAUAUGGACGUGUCAAAAAAAUGUCUCAUUGGAGAAUGCUGGAUGCCUAUUUCCGAUCUCGGGACCGUACAAAAUUGUCUUACAGAAGGAUCGCGACAAUGUGGCAGCUCCAUACCGUCUUUCCUCAACGUGAUCCACACGGAUGAAAAUCCUCCGACGUUCAACAGGACGAACAAGUUUACGAGAGGCUUUCAAAAUCUAAUUGACGCGUACGGUGUGGCAUCGUAUCGCGAAGCUAAUCCGGCACUUUACACUAUCAUUACGUUUCCCUUUCUGUUCGCCGUUAUGUUCGGCGACGCUGGCCAUGGGCUGAUACUGACGCUUUUUGGUUUGGCUAUGGUGCUAAUGGAGAAAAAGAUCAACGCGCAAAAGUCCGACAACGAAAUUGGGAAUCUAUUUUUCGGCGGUCGUUACAUCAUCCUCCUCAUGGGUUUGUUUUCCAUCUACAGUGGUUUUAUCUACAACGACAUAUUCGCAAAGUCAGUUAACAUAUUCGGAUCUAGUUGGAGGGUCAGGUAUUCGUACACCGUCGUGAGAGAUAACAAAACGCUAGAAUUGUCGCCAAACAAGAACGAGAGUUACCUACAGUAUCCCUAUCCUCUGGGUGUAGACCCGGUUUGGGCUCUCGCUCACAACAAAAUUGUAUUUCACAAUUCGUUCAAGAUGAAGCUGUCGAUUAUUCUUGGCGUCGCGCACAUGAUCUUCGGCGUCUGCAUGAACGUCGUCAAUAUGGUACAUUUCAAGAGAUAUGCCAGUUUGUUCCUUGAAUUUCUACCACAAUUGCUCUUCCUUGUAUGGCUAUUUUGCUACAUGACUGUCUUGAUGUUUAUUAAAUGGGUUUUGUACGAGGCUUCGGCUGAAGAUCCAAGACUGACACCAGGUUGCGCACCGUCGGUGUUAAUUACAUUUAUUAACAUGAUGCUUUUCAAAGAUGCCGAAGUGCCUGAUGGUUGUUCCCAGUACAUGUUCGAGGGACAGGAUGUCUUGCAGAUGGUUUUGCUUGCCGCCGCCCUCUUGUGCGUUCCCGUUAUGCUUUUCGGGAAGCCAUUAUUUAUUCUAUUUUCAAAGAGACAUAGGACAUCAGGAAAGAUUUACAGUAAUGGGAGUGCAUCCCAGGACAUCGAGUUGCAGGCCCAAGAACCGCCGGACGCUGGGACCAGCAAGGAUGCAGCGGCGGAUGAUCACGGUCACGACGACAGCUUCAGCGAGCUGAUGAUCACUCAGAUCAUCCAUACCAUAGAAUACGUUUUAUCCACCGUUUCGCACACUGCCUCCUAUCUACGAUUAUGGGCCCUGUCGUUGGCCCACUCUCAGCUGUCAGAAGUGCUCUGGAACAGAGUGUUGCGAAUAGGCUUAGGCGCCGCGGAAGAUCAGUAUAUCAACAGUAUUGUCCUAUUUGCCGUGUUUGCUGUCUGGGCCUUCUUCACCGUCGUCAUUCUUGUCUUGAUGGAGGGCCUCUCGGCGUUUCUUCACACGCUUCGACUUCAUUGGGUCGAGUUCAUGAGUAAAUUCUACGAAGGCUUAGGACAUCCCUUCCAACCAUUUUACUUCAAGAGCAUCUUAGAUGCAGAGGAUAUCGAGGAAUAGAUGCUGCCGCUGGUCUUCACAGCAAUAAUCGUUAGAUAUAUAAUUACUGAAUAUUAUGCGCGAAAAUUUCUUUAUUUUAAAUAUUUUCAUAUACGCGAGGCCUUGUCUUGUUGCCUAGGAAAGUACAAGAAGGAUUAAUUGCCAUGGAUUGUUUUAAAUGAGUGUGACAAUGUGCCUUCUUCAACAAUUAUAGUUAUUGAUCACGUGUCCAUGUACAUUGGUCAAAUACGCACACGAUAAUUACAAUAAGAGAAGAAGAAGAAAUAUACGUUUUCUCAAUAUUUUUUACACGUUGAUAACAAUGCCGAUCGAGAAAUUGGCGCGCAUUAUAAAAGUUUAUUUUAGAUAUUCAUUUUCAAAUUUUUACUUUAUUUAAUCUACCGAAUUUGAAAAAAGAAUUUAUUUGCGGAGCCGGCUCUAAAUUUUGUUGCUAGUAAAUUUUUGCUAAUUUUUAUCUGCUUGUAUAUAAUUCUUUUAAAUUACUUAUAGUUUAAUACUUUAAAAAGAGGAAGUGUAACAACGUCUGCGCUUAGUAAAACGAAUUCAAUUAGUUUAUCAAUUAUUUCAUUUUAAGAUAAGAUUCGCGAUUAGAGUUAACUCUGCUCGUCCAACGUUAAACGACCAUGAUCGCGGUAUUAUUUCAACGGAAGCGGAAAAGAGAUAUAAAAGACGCAUAUGAUUCAGCAACUACGCUGCUGCUGAUGUUGCCGAGUGCGCGUUAUAUUCAUUCCAUUAAUUACCUAGUAACGUGGACAUGCCAUAGUCGCUGUAGCUCGUCAUUAAGCACGUCGCGCGUUGUAAUAUUUUAUAACGUCGCGCUUAUAGUUCAUUCUCCGCGCAGAAAAGCUGUAAUCGGAGCCGUUGUAAUUAUGGCGCUACGAUGAAGAAAUUGGAAAAUGAAGAAAUUAUGUUGAUCCGAAUCGUGUUCCAAAUAACAUGCAUGUCCCAAAUCGGGACAUAUAACGUCUUAAAGACGUCAUUAAGACGUCUUCAAGACAUCUUAAAGAUAUCAUUCAGACGUCUUAAUGAUAUCUUUAAGACGCUAUAUGUCCCGAUUUGGGACAUUGUGUUCACUGUGGGGUGCCGCACCGUAGCUUGAUCGAUGCUCGACGGACUCAGACAAGCGGCGAAAUGUACAUUCUUGUAUUACUGUAGUACAAAUCCUCCCGAGUGAUUGGUAACCAGAGGUAUUCGAACUUGCGCGAAGUUACCAUAACAACUGUAUCCACCAUUAGGUAUUAAUGCGACGUGUCAAAAAGAGAGCGAUGUGUACACACUACACACUCGUGCGCGAGGUAUUCCCGAGAUCCCGAUUUUCUCUCGACGACGUGAUUUUCAGUCGAUCUUCGUUAUAAAGACGUCAAACAUCUUCGGCCUAUAGGCCUAUAUAAAUAAGGUUUAAAAUAAGGAUCUUUUUGUGAAUGAAAUUCACGUGCCGUGAUUGAAUAACGAAACCCAUUUAAAUAUUUGCUUUGUUUUUGCAAAGCUAAUUAAUUUACCCAAUGUUAUCUCUUCCAGUGCCGAAUAUCAGUUGUCGCAAGAAAUGAUGGUUGAAAAUCUUUCAUAAGGAAGAAAAUAAAUUUUUCUUACGGAAAGAUUGAUUCCUAGUUUAACUUGUGAAUUCAAUUGAAAUUAAGAUCGAGAUCUCUGGGAUAUAAUUUGUGUAUAUAUAGAUAAAUAUUCAAUAUAUAUUUUAUCAAUGUGUUAAAAUAAAUUGAUAAGUAUUGCAUA